CUGCGCCCCUCCCCGCCCCACCCUCCAACCCCCAUCCGCCGCCGCCAUGGACUCGCCGCCCUCGCUCCCGCCAGCCACCCUCCCCUGCCCGGAUCUCCUUGCGGGCGCGGCGUCCUCCACCCGCCGCCUCGUCGCCGCCCACUCCCGCCACUUCCUCGCGCUCACCUCGCUCCUCCUGCUCCCGCUCGCCCUCCUCCUCCUCGCCCUCCCCUGCCCCUUCCUCCCCGCCUCCGCCUCCUCCCCAGCCCCGCACUCCGUCUCGCUCCGGGCCCUUCCGGAUCCGCAGCGGGAGCCACUGCCCGUCCCGCUCCCGGUCCUCGCCCUCGCCGCCUCGCUCCUCUACCUCGCCGCCUUCGCCGCUGCCGCCGCCAGCGCGCACGCGGGCUUCUUCGGCCGCCCUGUCAGGCUCCUCGCCUCGCUCCGCUCCGUGCCGGCCUCCCUAACCCGCCUCGCCGUCACCGCACUCCCGGCAUCCCCGCUCGCGCUCCUCCCCCUCCUCCCGCUACCCGCCCCGCUCCGCGCUGCGCUCCCCAUCCUCGGCGCCGUCCUCCUAUCCCCAUUCUGGUCCCUCGCCGGCGCAGCCGCCGUGGUCGAAUCGACCGCCGGUUUCCGCCCGCUCCGCCGCAGCUGCUGGCUGCUCUGGGGGGCGCGCCUCGCCGCGCUCUUCGCUUUCCUGAUCUUCGCCGCUGGAAUCAGCGUCACGCUCUUGGGGUUCGGCGGGGUGGCCGCGGAGACGUACGAUGCUUCCGCUGGGUGGGCUGCCAUGGCGCCUGUGGUCGUCAAGGCAGUGGUUGGCACGGCGCUGCUUGCCGUGAUGCUUCUGUACGGGAUGGUGGCCAACAUUGUCCUGUACAUGCACUGCCGCGCGCUGCACGGUGAGCUCGCUGGGGAGAUCUAUAACGAGUUCGCGGACAUGUAUGUCUUCCUGCCCUUUGAUGAUGGCAAGGAUCGGCAUGUCAUCUCGGUGGUAACUGUCUGGCCAUGAUUGGUUUCAAUGGGAGCAACCAAUCAGGCUUUUCUUCGGGUCUGCAUCCCUGACUCUGUUCAUAUGUGCAUGUGUUUGUUCGAAAGUUCAUGUCGAAUAUACUGUACUAUUAGUUAAGAGAAACUCGCUUUUGGUUUUAUACUGCAAAUAGAGAAAGAUUUGACAAAUAUAUAUAUACCACUACCUUAAUGUGAAUUGAUUGAUAAACUGGCCAUUUGUAAUUCUGCACAAUUAGUUGUAUGUUAGGUAAAACAUUGUAGUAAGAAAAAUACUCUGCGGUUGCAAAA